AUGCAAGCAACGAAAACAUUUAAAGUGAUUAGGACAAAACAGUAUAGUGAAGAUCUGGAAGAUAUUGGAAAUUGCGAUGAGAGAAUAAAAACUUACUUACGCAACUUUACUUCUGAGGGACGACUUAAUGGUCUAGCUAUGCUCUCGAUCAACAAAAAUGAUUCAAUUACUCCUGAUGAAGUGUUGGUUGAACUAUCCAAUAAAAAAAGGAGACUAGAAUUUUUAUUAUAA